AUGGAAGCUCUAGAUGCUCGCGUCGGGGAAGUUUUGGGGAAUACUACAGCUCGUGCUACCAAAUACGUGUACAUUCGCGCGCUGGCUCACUUUGUGGAUUGGCUAUAUGGUCAUACAGAUGGCAGUCAUCGUGUGGUGCUCUUCACGCGAUCAUUUCUUGAGCUUGAACAGAUUAACAACGACACAAUUACUCAGUGGUUUGACCGAGUGCCUCUUACAAGUCCAAUCAACCUUAGUGUGCUAACUACUAAGGACUGCAUGCGCUACCUUACUUUGCUGGAGCAACGAGGCGUCUCGGGGAAAUCAACUUUUGGCAAUGCUCGCUCUGCGUUGGUGUAUUUGUACUCUAUGACAGAGCUUCCUCGACCUUCGGACUCUGACACUCAAAUGAGGUGAUUCUUCAAAGGAUUUUACCAUACGGUAGCACAAGUGGCCCAAGGCAGUAAUGAACGCCUUCGCGAGGAUAAGGAGCCCUUUUCAUUCUCGAUGUACAGAGUUGUUGCAAAAUCACUGAUCCAGUCCAGCUAAAAGGAGGAUAUAUUCGGCCAC